ACCGUCCCAUAAGAAAAUGGCUAAUCAACAGAAAGUUAACCUGGGGCGUCUGCUAUAUAAACGAUUAAGUCGUGAGAUGAAAAUUACAGCAAACCCAAAGGAAAAAUUGUAUGACACUCCAGCAUUUCAAUACAUUGCAAAUCAGUUCAGAGAGCAUCAAGUUACCACCCAGAAAUUAUGCAAAGGACAGAAUGAAGUGAUGAUGGUAGGUCAGACCUAUCUUUGUAUGCUGGAGAGUCUGCGAAAAUCUGAGGAACUUGCUCAGAUGUACAAAACCACAGAGAGAUCUGUUGAACAGAGUGCAAAUCUUGUUGGACUAAAAGUACCGACUGUUGACCAUUGAAAGUAAAAAUCAGAGGCAGCUAUGAACAAUGUGUCUAGCUAUCUAACAACACCAUUUAAUGACGUUGCCUUAUUUAUUUUGCUUGCUAUAUGGACUGUCUAGAACUCGAAAUGGAUAUUUGAACAGAGUUAAUGAUAAAAAAGAGAAAAAUCUCCAUAGAAUAUUUACAAGUAAUUUCAAGUUUCAGAUAACCAAUCUAUAUUAUAUUUUCCAAUUUUUAUAGCAAAUUUAUUGCCAUGCUGUUAUUAUUUUCAAUGAAUAAAGAAUUUUGAUUUAA